GCAGUGGUCGGUAAAGUGCAUACAUAUAAAUCACGUACAGUAGCCGAGAGUAACAAAGCCUUGCAACGUCAAACUAUCCGAGAUAACUUGGUGCCAUUGCAAGGAUCCUCAUAUCAGAAACAGCCGGAUAAGCACGCAAUUCUGGCCUCUGACAUGCGUACCUCCCUCUCCCGUGCUAGGAGAUGCCAAUCGCUGCAAAAGGGCGCGGGAGAUGGACCAAUUUGGCAGAUGGACAAUGUGCAGAUCCGACGAUCUCUCCUGCAUGGCUGGUAACAGGGACCUUGUAUACUUGUGCUGUGUCCUUGCUGUCCGUGCCAGUACAGUACGACUUUCUGUAUUUCUAUUCUUUUUUAAUUUUCAGGUGCUGGAUAGUAAUAGUAUGCAGUGUCAUAAAAUCGUUUCCAGGCCACUCUGUAGGGGUGUCGAGCGUCCAAUGUCAGGUGUCUCGGCUACCAGUUGGUUGGCUGUGAGUGCGGCCCGCGACGUCGGCUGUUUCGGAGAAUAUUGCGCCGAGAUUGAAGCAGCGUAUAGCACUUGGCAUAUGACGAAUGCUCUUUCGUAGAUGCAUCAGGACACUGCGAGAGCAAAGCAGUAUAAAAAACCCC